CGGUAGACGCAUCUUAUCUACUUGGUGGCACGUGUUGGCUGUUCAAGCAGUAUGCUGUUUUCGUUGUGUAUUUUUUUGGUCCUUUUUUGCUAUAUUUGUUGAAGCCAGUACUUCGGUGCAGCACCGAUGACUGCUAAUAGUAAGAAAAGGCCGGUAAUCAACGGAAUGCAGUCACCAGCGCUACCUGAUUGUCGUAGGCGGCUAUAGGAUUUCAGUCUGUCGUGUUCGACUUGCGGGGCGGGCUCAGCGAGACAACAGCCCAAAUGCCCAGAUUGUUCCACGUGCUUUUCAGCUGGGCUUCAGUCGCGUCGGGUUAUCUUCCAAAGGCGUUUCUAUUCUUGCUGAUUAUUGUACUGAGCGCCGCUCACGGGGGAGGUAAUGAGAUUAAUCACGGCUUGCUUCUGGUUUAGCAGACCCUGUAGAAGAUGGGUCGUUCGAAAUCGAAAGUGGGCAAUGGCAAAUCUACCAUUACCGCUAAAACAAGCAACAGUGGCCAACAGCUGACAUUUAAUACUGAAUUGGGUCAACAUAUCCUCAAGAACCCACUUGUCAUUCAGUCAAUAGUCGAAAAAGCAGCAGUACGGAGUACCGAUGUGGUUCUCGAAAUCGGUCCUGGUACAGGUAACAUGACAGUUCGUCUCCUAGAAAAAGCCAAAAAAGUGAUAGCCUGUGAGGUUGACCCCCGGAUGGUUGCCGAACUGCAGAAACGCGUACAGUGUACUCCACUUCAGCCCAAGUUGCAGAUCAUUGUGGGCGACGUCAUCAAAAACAACCUUCCAUUCUUCGACCUUUGUGUGGCUAACAUGCCCUAUCAAAUAUCGUCUCCCUUCGUUUUUAAGUUGCUUCUCCAUCGACCAUUCUUCCGCUGCGCCGUUCUUAUGUUUCAGAAGGAAUUCGCGGAGCGAUUAGUCGCCAAGCCUGGAGACAAACUAUAUUGCAGGUUAUCGGUCAAUACCCAACUUCUGGCCCGGAUUGACAUUAUAAUGAAGGUCGGCAAGAAUAAUUUCCGACCUCCACCAAAGGUUGAAUCUGCUGUUGUUCGCCUUGAACCUCGGAACCCGCCCCCGAACAUUGAUUAUGCCUCAUGGGAUGGUCUGCUCCGGAUUUGUUUUGUUAGGAAAAACAAAACUCUUUCGGCCAGCUUUAACCAAACUUCAAUUCUUCACAUGCUUGAGAAAAACUAUAUAGCAGUGGCCGCACUGAAAGGCAGUGGUGGAAUUCCUACGAACUUUUUAAUCAAGGAGCUAGUCAGCGAAUGCCUAGGUGCCUAUGCACAGAAACGUGCCAGACAAUUAGAUCUCGACGACUUCCUUCAGUUGUUGCUCAACUUUACGAGCAAAGGUAUUCAUUUCAACAUGAUCUAAGUCUGUUAUGAUCUGAAGGUUAUAUUAGGCUAGCUUAUGGAGAUUAUGGCGAACGAAAAAUUAUACGCGCAAUCAUGCACAACCUGCUGCAAUUCCAAUUGUGUCAUACAAAAAAGUUCGUUACUCCCUGCGGCUACCACUUCAUGUGACCAUUCGUUAUGAUUCGUGUUGUAGAUCUAAGCAGGAAGCAAAUUAGAGUGAAUAAAUACAAAUACCAGGGUUGCUGUCGACGUUCUACUUGUACAUAUGUUUGUGUUUAUUUACAUUUACAAGUAUU